GCAGCAGUGGCAGUCCAUAGUGCAAUCCAGAACUCAGAUGUAUACUGAAAUCAUUUUACUCAUCGCUAGUUUGGCUCUUGCCUUCUAUCUCUGGCAGAAACGAGUUCACAGCUAUUGGCGUCGCCAUGGCAUUAAGUCUAUAAAGCCUAAACCAAUCUUUGGAAACUUUCGCAGUUUUCUGACAGGAAAAGUGCCAUAUUUCGAGCAACUUAGUAUGCUGUAUAAUACACCUGGAUUCGAGGAGGAACCUUUGAUUGGUGUUUAUUUGCUAAAAGGACCUGGCAUAAUAAUUCGUGAUCUUGAUCUAAUUAAGACCGUAAUGAUCAAGAAAUUUAACUUUUUUGUGAAUCGUGUUAUAAGAACUGAUCCGAUUCACGAUCCUCUUGGCUACAACAACUUAUUCUUUGUACGUAACUCGGACUGGAAGAAUGUCAGGAGUAAAAUAUCACCGGUAUUUACAAGCGGCAAGAUCAAGCAAAUGUAUCCGCUAAUGGUGGAAAUUGGCAAAGAUCUGGAGCAGCUCUUGGCGAAUUUGCCUGUUGACUCUAUAGUAUGCAUUAAGGAUAUUUGUUCCCGAUUUACCACCGACUUAAUAGCCACUAUUGCUUUUGGGAUCAAAGCCAACGCUCUGAAGGACACGAAUAGCGAGUUCUUCAAAGUGAAUACAGAGUUCUUUAAUUUCGACUUGUCUCGAGUUUUGGACAGUUUCAUAAUUUUCUUGUUUCCCACAUUGGCUUCUCUGGCACGAGUCAAAACAUUUUCGAAGCGAACAAGGGAUUUCUUUAUGAAUACUAUUUCGUAUGUUCUUUCGGAGCGUGAGAAAUCUGGAUUACAUCGCAAUGAUCUAAUUGAUGUCCUAUUGGCUAUGAAACGCGAGGCAGCUGCUCAUCCAGAAAACGAUAAAAAUAAAACUGAGGAUUUGGCUUAUUUGGUGGCCCAUGCUGCUACCUUCCAGACAGCGGGCUUUGAGACAAGCUCUUCGACUAUGACCAUGACUCUUUUUGAAUUGGCACGCAAUACUGACAUACAAAAGCGUCUUCGCCAAGAAGUAAAUGACUAUUUUGCAGACGAGGAUUUCAUUAGCUACGAGAGAAUCCAGGAAAUGCCUUACCUCACACAGGUGGUAAAUGAAACACUGCGAAAAUAUCCUAUUGCAGGGUUUAGUGAACGAGAAUGUACCCAACCGGAGACGGGAGAAAAGUUUACUCUCAAGCCCUACUAUGAUCUGGAGGUGCCAAAUGGUAUGCCCUUUUAUGUUUCCACUCUGGGAAUACAUCGGGAUGAAAAGUAUUGGCCAGACCCUAUGAAAUAUGAUCCAGAUCGUUUCGCCCCAGAAAACCGUGAUAAGAUCAAUAUGGAUGCAUAUAUGCCUUUUGGUAUCGGUCCCCGCAACUGCAUUGGCAUGAGACUUGGUCUUCUGCAGGCUAAACUAGGUCUGGUUCACUUGUUGCGUAAUCACAGUGUCGCCAAGUGUGGUAAAACCGUGGACUCCUUCAAUUAUGCAUCUAAUACUCCUGUUAUGAGUCCUGAUGUGGACAUCUAUUUGCAAUUGCAAAAGGAUUAAGACAGAUUAGACUGGUAGAAGAAGUCUACUUUAAUAAAUGUAACUAUAAGAAGCAUUCAAAGAUAUAUGUAUUUUUGGUUUCGUGUAACACUUGCAGUUAGUUUAAGGUGUCCCAGUAUCCUUGAAGAUGAGCUCAUUCAUUUAGAUGCUCCACAAAUAAUUCAGAUCUGUUUACCGUGUAAAGGAUUACCCCAGAAAACGAGGUACUUACGAGCAAUUCCUGGCAUGCUAAUGCAUCGUCUUCAGCACAACCGAACCAGGUGAGGACCAAGAUGUUGGCAAUAAAACAUGAGCAGUGCCAGCCAGCAAAUACCACAAAAUCCUCACUUCAUAACUCAUUUGUUGCCAGCAAGUGCUCAACGACGACACUCUCGAACUCUGUUCACGACCCCAUUCUGAGAGAUAGCAUGUCACAGAGAGGAAAGAAAGCAGCUUGAAGGGGAAGCUCACACACACACACACACACACACACACACACACACACACACACAUUAACUCCGUCCAUUGGCUAUAUG